AGCGUUGAAGCUACUACCACUUCAACGACAACGAGAAGAACUGCAGUCUGGCGACCGGAAUGUCCACCCGGUUGGAAUCCGUAUACAAAUUAUAGAACUGGUUCGACCCGAUAUUGCCAGAACGUUGCUGAUAUGAGGCCAACGUUCGUGUUUGUUGCUCCGAUAUGCGAGCUAUGGAUCAACGAUCAGUCGGUGCCCAUUUUGUCAAUGAUGUCCGGUGCCAGCAGGAUUUAUCAAUACCAGCUAUUGUGCAUGAUCAUUACAUUCGAUUUUGUCCAACUUUGGACAGCUCUGAUGGAUGUCCAAGUGGUUAUGUCGCUAAUAAUUAAAGUUGAACCGGACGAAGCGGUAUGUGGAGAAGGAGGAUUUGCUUAUCAGUUAGAUGAACAUCCGCUGGACUGCUCACAUGAUGCCAGCGUUUGCCCUGAGCAUUACAUCUGUCAACCGUCAUUCACAAAUACAAAGAUGUACUGCUGCCACGAAGAACUACGCUGUCCAAAUGGCGUUAUCCCCGGUUCCACAAAACAGUGUGAAAUGUCCACAGAUUGUCAUUCGAAAGAAGAAUGUGUUGAAGCCGAGAAUAUGGAAGGUGAUUUUGUUAUUUGUCCGUCGGCUACAAGUGUUCAGAUUCAAAAUUAUAGAAUAAUCGAAUUUUGUCUUAAAUUUUCAGUUUUCGAAUUUUUCUGGUUACUAAGUUAG